GUACGGGCUACAGCGGAGUUUGACGCCCGAUCUGUGGGAUCUGGUUGGAGAUGCCAUGCGCAAGAUGUCCGAGGAUAUCAGAGGUCACUCGACCUUCUUCCAUUUCCUCAAGAAGGCUUAUCCUGGCUGUAAGCUGAAGCACCUUGCAACCUUCGAGGGCUGGUGCUGCCAGUAUGAUGACCUACAGAAGCGGAGUGCAGAGAUGGAUCUGCUCACUGAAGCUCGAGACAUCUUUGAGAAGAAGAAUGCGAUGCCGGUCCUCCCCGUGGAUGAUCAGGCUCGCCUCGAGAAAGAGUUUGAGGAGAUGGACAUCUUCGGCACGGGCUGUGUCGAGGUAGCUGCCAUUCAGCGACGCUGGGGCUGGGACGAGCAGAUGACGCGGGACAUCAUUGCGAAGUACGACGUCUCUGAAGAUGGUUGCUUGGACAAAGGCGACUUCCUGAGGAUGAUGUGCCCAGACGGUUAUCGGCUUCCCUCCAUGCAGGGAGAAGAUCGCGAUGUCUUUGGAAUGCUCCUGACCGGAAGCAUCCGCUACCUGGAAGAUGCCAUCUUAAAAGAAGAAGGCCUCUAUGCCGAGGACCACGGCCCCCUGGCAAAGGCACCAAAAGAGGCAAGGCUAAAGCCCACGCCUUUCUCUCUGCUGCCGGAGAUACCGGAGGCCACAUGGACCUUUUGGAACGAGCUCUUCACCAGGCUUGAUGCUGAUGAGGACGACCACAUCCGAGAGCGUGAUCUUCUUCGGGAAGGUUUGUUAUCCCCGGAGGUGGCCCGGCACUUGAUGACCAUCAUCGAUCCGGAACAUCCAGACAGCUUUACGCGCCGGGGUUUCCUCACGGCCUGCCUGAAGGCGAGCGGCUGUCGCCGUGCCAAGUUCGAGUGCGGUCGGUAG